UCCUCUCUUCAUGUCUCCCAAAGCUGGUCCGCAACACGUCGAUUCCCCUCGCCGGAGGAAAAGAAAAAACACCGGAGACGUGGACGGAAGAUUCGAAUUUUCCGGCACGAAGGAUCGCCGGACGGCCGGUGGAGACCGCCCAAAGCGACAUGCUUUAUGGUGAUGGGAAGUCAUUCCAUUCUUCUUGCUUCGGAAAUCGAGCACGGCGAUUGCAGCAGGGAUGGCGUACUGAUGGAGUCGAUGGCGAUCUCCUGAUCUUUUUGUUUUAAUGAGUUCUUGAUCGCCUUUUUUAUUCCAAAAUUUCUUGGUUGUCGCUUUUAAUUCGAGCUCUGGAGUCGGUUCCGUAGGGUUCUAUUAUUAGCAUUUCUUGUAAUCUUGUGUCAGAGCUCCGAUUCCACCAUUUUUUCCUCGAUUAAGUGGGGAUUUUGGGCGUCCGAACUCUACAAAUGGAACAGUAGCAGUUUUCUUUCCAUUUCUGUAGCUUGGGGUGAGAGGAAGAGGUAAAGGAGCGAGGGUGUUUGGGUUUUGGGGAAACCAUGCCGUUUCCGAUGAAGAUCCAGCCGAUCGAUGCGAAGGGGAUGGUGAGGAGCGAGCCGGCCAAACCAGUGGGGAAAUCGCGGCUGAAGCGGCUUUUUGAGCGGCAAUUCCAAUUCCCAGCCGUGCUGAGGAUCUCGUCGGCCGAGAAGCUAGCCGCCGCCGCCGCCGGCGAUCCGGAGCCCAGCUCCGUGUGCCUGGACAAGAUGGUCCAAAGCUUCAUGGAGGACAACAGCAGCGAGAAGCCGUCCCGCUGCGGCCGCCACCGAUGCAACUGCUUCCACGGCAACUGCGACGAGAGGUCCGACGACGAUGCGGACUUCCCCGGCGGCGACCCCUCUCCGUUGAUCCCCACCUCCUCCGAUGCUGCUGAGGUUGUCAAGGGUUUAGUGCUCUGCACGAGCGUCGCGGAGAGGAAUCUCUUGGCGGACGCGUCGAACAUCAUGGAGAAUUUUACCAAGAUGGGCAGAGGAAAAGAAGAUUCUCGAAGGGCCGUCGCCGACGGCCUCCGCGCUCUCGGCUACGACGCCGCCGUCUGCAAGUCUCGCUGGGAGAAAUGCCCUUCCUUUCCGGCCGGGGAGUACGAGUACGUGGACGUGAUCGUAGCGGGCGGGGAGCGGUUGCUGGUGGACGUGGACUUCCGAUCGGAGUUCGAGAUCGCACGGUCCACGAAGACGUACCGGGUGGUGCUGCAAUCGCUGCCGUCCGUCUUUGUAGGCAAGGAGGACCGGCUGCAGCAGAUCGUCUCCGUCGCCUGCGAGGCGGCGCGGCAGAGCCUCAAGAAGAAGGGUCUCCACUUCCCGCCGUGGCGGAAGCUCGAGUACAUGCGGGCCAAGUGGCUCUCCCCCUUCGAGCGGACGGCCCCAAUCAUCCCCCCAGAACGAACACAACGAUCAGACGGUCAAGGUGAAGUCGAAGCGAGGCGAGAGUCGGAGGAUGGAAAGAAGAAUGACAACAGCUGCGACGGCGGCACGAUCGGUUCGACCUCAGCCAUCCAGUUCUCCGGCGAGGCCGAGGAACCCGUCGCCAUCGCGGAGGCGGCGAUGGCGGAGGAGGAGAGGGUCACGGUAGUGGUGUCGUCGUGGGAGCCGCCGGCGGUGAAUCCAAAGGCGGCCCAGAGAGGGGCGAAGGUCGUCCCUGGGUUGUCUUCCGUUCUCAGAGACGAGCCCUAAUUUUCGAAGUUUUGGAUAUUUUCUUUUUUUUUUCUGCUGAGAAAAAACUAUAUAUAUAUAUAUAUAAGUAUAACUGAAAAAUCUCCUUAUCCUUUUCUUUUUUCGGCCCCUUCGUAGGCCUGUAAGAACAAAAACUCGCCCUUGGACUAAUAUGUCAAAAUAAAUAGUAAUAGAAUACAAUUACAUUUCUUUUCUAAAUAAA